UGCUCCAUGGCGGAGGCCAACUACAAGUAAGAUACGGUGGCAAACCCCCCUGACUAGGUUACGUUCGAACGUCAGUCACUGUGAAUCUGUUGUUUGUGUUGUGUCGUACUACGUUGUUGAUGGGUUGUGCGAAAUGUCAGUGAAAAGUAAAGCCAUAUAGUAACAAGUUGAUGUUAUGUGCGUGCUGCUAUCACGUCAAAAUUGUAAUAAAAUCAACAUUUCAUUCAUCACGCAGAAGUACCCACUGUUUGCAGUGACAUAGAUCAUUAGAAUGAUGGAUCCUGAUCCGCCAGCUCCGUUACUUAAAGAUGCACGUUCUUACAGACCAUUCAAAUCCAGUGAAGAUUACCUCUUUGCAAUGAAAGAGGAUUUGGCAGAAUGGUUGAACAUGCUUUAUACAGGACUCUACCUAUCUGUAGAUAACUUCAUGGAUAAACUAGAAACUGGUGUUGUCCUGUGCAAUCAUGCCAAUGAGGUCUAUAAGUCAGCUGUCCAAUUCAUGGUGAAAUACGAGUCCAAAAUACCACGUCGCCAAAGUCCUGCUUUGCAAUAUGCACCAGUGCUGGUCGAAAUGGGAGAGUUAAAAUACAGGUGUCAUGCAAAGCCAGGCACAUUCUUUGCCCGUGACAAUGUAUCCAACUUUAUUUCGUGGUGCCGUGUAGGACUUGGUGUAAUGGAAUGCCUACUGUUUGAGACGGAUGACUUGUGCCUACGCAAGAAUGAGAAACAUGUUAUUCUUUGUUUAUUGGAAGUGGCCCGUCGAGGUUCCCGUUUAGGUAUGCCUGCACCUAUGUUGGUACAACUGGAACGAGAAAUUGAUCGUGAACAAGCAGCAGAGCAAAGAAGUUUGACAGCUGAUAAGUCUUUUGAUGAAUACUCUGAUGACGAUGAUGAACUACCAAUUCAACCAGUUCCACAGAUUGUUACAAAUGAUUUAAAGAGUUUGGAUGAAAUGGUUCGAGAUUUGCUGGAACAUUGUCGAUGUCCCGUGCAGUUCCCAAUGAUAAGAGUUGCUGAAGGAAAAUACCGUAUUGGUGACUCUAAACUGCUGAUUUAUGUGCGGAUUUUACGGGUACAUGUGAUGGUACGUGUAGGAGGGGGCUGGGACACACUGGCCCAUUAUUUAGACAAACACGAUCCAUGUCGCUGUAAGACAGGCCAUCGUACAGCGGUGGCAGCAAAGUUGUUAACAAAGUCCGGUGCCCCAUGCACGGAUCUUGCUUCAUCUUCAGUUCUCUAUGACAGAUCACCCCCUAGGACACGUAGAUCUUCUGCUUCGAGUGUUGGCAGUGCCGGUGGUGGAGGGGGAGGAGGCUGUGGAGGUGGAGUUGUGUGUGACUGCAGCACUAGUGGCACUUGCUUGCAGUUGCCAGCUCACGCACAUGCUAGGAUCACCUCCAGGAGUCGCUCUCCCACUCCUUCCCGUCCAACCACGCCCUCCCAUUCACCGGCUUCUUCACGUCCAGCAACGCCCACAUGUUUGCCACUGAAGCAUGGUGCUGGGCGACAAUCUGCCCGAAUAUCCCUCCAGGAAUCAUUGCCACGCACUUUUAAUGAUUCUGCAUCAGAUAUAUCAGAGCAUUCAAGUUCAAGAAUCCAGCCACCAUUGCUGUCCACAAGUGGUGUUGAAGCUUCACACACUCCUUCCAAGGCUGUAAGCAAUGGCGAUAUUACUUCUUCACUUUCUAGGGAUGUGCUGGAUGGGGCUAAUGGUCAGUUAGUGGAAAGCUCUCAGCAAUAUGUCUCACAUCACCUGUCAAGACCCUCUAUUUCACAGCUUUCCGAUUCUAAUCGUUUUAGAAGACAGUCCCAUUCUCCAAUGAGAGUUACCUCUAAAAUGCUUAGCAGAAGUGCUAGCAGCAGUGAAACAAAUCUUCCUGAAAAAUGUUCUGGAAGAUCAGCAAGUGGUCUACCAAAAAGAAAUGAUUCUGAUAAAGUUGCGAAACUGAAUCGUGGGAGAGAGCCAUCACCUCAGCUAGCGAGAGUAACAAGGAAACCAGUCAGUAGCACCUAUAACAACACUUGGAGUGGCAGGCCAGACAGACAAAGAAAUCGUCCUUCCUUAACUGCUGACUCUUAUGUUAGUAGUCAAAAUGGAGGAAUGGGUAAUAGAAACUCUUUUCAACGCAAUAGUUUCGGUGCUUACGGAUCAUCCCAUUCCAGUCCUAGAUCUGGGGCCAGACACAUGAAAAAGAGCUCAUUACCUUCAUCCCUCCAGUCUUCACCGACAAAACAAAUUUCACCACUUUUAGAACAGAUUUUGCAGGUUGGUGAUUUAAGUAAUGAUGAAAUUUUACUUAAGAAAAUGAAAGAAAUUAUACAACAUUACUCCGAUGUUGUAGAUAACAAAUUGGUAGACAAAGGGAGUUUCGAACUUUCAGACACUGUGCCCAGUGGUGAUGAAAGUUUAGAUUUUACAUUGGAAUGGGUCCGUGGAAAUGGUUCAUUAGAAGGAAUCAAACAAACCAUGCCCACAAAGAAAUUGACUUGUUCUAGUGAUCCUGGAGAUGUAGUACAGCCGGAUAGUCUUGAUUUUGGCGGUGUUAAAGCAGGUCCAAGCCCCAGAAGAGAUUUGAAAGCUGAGAGUUCAGCCAGUAGAAUUCCUGCACCAACAUUUUACAGACCACAUUCAUCUGAACCGCCAUCACUGUAAAUUUAUCAUUUUAUUGUUGCUAUUAACAUUUUAGUUAUCAUGUUAGGCCAUUUACUAUAACAGUGUUUAAACUUAAGUAUUCUGAGAGAAGAAAAAUGUUGAUAUAGUAACACCAAAGUGGUAAUGAGAAUGCUAAAACUAGUUUAAAGCAUGUAGUAAUGUACCACUGGUCUAAAAGGCACCAUUUUCAAAUAGUAAGCAUGUUUGGUUAGCCAGUUGGAUUGGAACAGGUGGAAGUUUUCUCUUGGUGAGGCAGAGCAGUAUCAAGUCAGAGGUUGACAUUUGGCUGCUGCACCUAGUUGGCUUGACCACCUGUAAGAAAACUUUCACGCAUUUAACUCUUAUCGGCCAACAAAACAUUCUUAGAAAAUGGUGUAUUUUAGGUUGUAAGCUUAUUACACAUUUUCAAUUAGUACUAGCUUUACUAUCAGCACUGUAGAAUUUUCUAUACAUAUUUUCUCUUCAUCCUGUAUGGUGUUUAUUGGCUGAGAGACUGCAGCUAUAGUAGUCAUUGUUCAAAUUGAUUGCUAAUAUCUUUAUAUUUUUUAAAGUGCUAAUUUUUUAUUAUUAUUUAAUAGUGAUUUAGUUUUCAUCUGAGUGACAUUUUAUGUUUUUAUUUUUAUUUGUUCAUUACUCAAUGAUUAUUACUACAACCUUUUACCAAAUUUUUUAAUGAUGUUAUAUGCUGAUAUACUGUUUAACAUUCCAUGUAUAUUUUGAUUUCCUAUCAUAAAAUUAUAUGAUUUAGCAAAUCAUCUUCAAAACUCUCACUGUUAAAUUUUCUAUUUUACUGUCUUUUUUUGAAAAUCUAUUUUAAGGCAUGAAAAUAAUGCAGAAUUAUUUUAUUGAAAGUUAUGUUUGAGAGCUCUAUAAUGUUUAUUUUGAUCAGUUGUAAGUUUUGUAGUAGACAAAAUUUGGUAGUGAGCUAUUUUCUUGUAACAUGUUACAUAUUGAAGCUGGUUCUAUAUAAACUAGAACAAAUUUUUAACUAUGAGUUUUAUCUUUGCAAAAAUAUUUUUUCUGCGAAUAUAUAUUUGGAAUAAUAUAAUAAAUAUCUAGAAUAAAAUGGCACUAAACAUUUUUAUUCAAGGUUUGAUACAAUUUAAAAAGUGUCACAUAAAAAUUUUAAUUUUUAUAUGGAUAACUAGAUAAUCUAUUUUUGGCACUAUCUGUAAGGGUAUAGUUGUAGAAAAUGUAUUUUAUUAUAUUUACUAACUUCACUCAUUUGAUUCAGCAUAUACAUAUAUUUUUCAAAUUUGAUACAUGUAAACUGUGGCAAAGGGUGGUUAUUAAAGUAUAGGAACAAACCUUUUAAAAAAAAAAAAUCAAAAUUGGAGUAUUUUAAGAAAUGUGGUUUUAUUAGCUAGCUAAUAUUUCAUGUUACGUUUAACCUCUAAUAACAAAAAAAAAUGAAUUUACAAAAGCUUCAUUUUUACAACUAAGCAUAGACCUAUUACAUUUUGUUAUGUGAACAGUACACACCCCACAGUAUUGAAAUGUUGUAACGCACGGCCUGAUUCAAAUACUGAUUUAAUAAAAUAUAAAUGAUGAAUAAAACCAAAAAAAAUGGAACUAGCUUAUUUGUAACAAUUUAGUAAGUUUUUUAAAGACAUAUUUAAAAAUUACACUUGUACAACACAAACCAGAAAUUUUUUCAGCAUAUUUCACUUUCAAUAGAAACAAAAUCUAUAUCUGUAACAUGUUUGGCAGUUAUUUUGUACAUUUGCUUACUUACACACAACAUCCUAUCUUAUUUGUAAAUAAAAUCAAUUCUUUGAGUUUUGUGAACAAAUAUGUCAGUCAUGUAAUGAUAAAAAAAAUUUUGUUGUAUUAUCUCAAGCAAUAGUUUCCUUUAAAUCAAUAACAUUCCAUAACAUUCCGAAAGAUGACAUCUUUUCUCGUUCUGGGAUUUCCUGAUAAAUGUUGUUAUCCUUUUUAUAGAAGGAAACGAAUGCUUGACAGAAGCACGUAUUGCCGGGAUAGUCACUAUUAAGCAGCAUAACUUAUGCAAUUCAGGAAAUUCGUCUAAUGCUUCACAUUGUAAUAAUCUCAAAAACAGAUUUUUAUUUGAAUUCGAAUAAACAAAAUUUUGCUACCACCAGUUCACUUCAUGAACAAGGUACGUCAAAGUGGUUUCCAUACGACUAUUCGAAUGCCUCAGGGAAACUUUAAGUGGUCUUUGUCUUUGUUUGGAUCCAUUAAAGAAAGAAAUUUCAAAUCUUUGAGAAGAUUGAAUUGAACACUGAACUGCAUUCAAAUGUUGUGAAUUAUUUUAUAUAUAUAUAUAAUAUAGUUUCAUGCUUUGCUUCUUCUGUCAUUUGUUGUUUCUUAGUAGGAGGAUCCUCUUGUAACUCUGACCAAAUCAUAGAGACUGUAUCUCUCUUCAAACUAACAAUAUUUUGAGUUUUUACACCACACAGCCGCACAAUCUGGAAUGUCUGUCUGCCAUAGUGCCUUUGUUUUUGUAUAGAGACAUCUUUUCUUCCUCUCGCGAUAUGCACUGUUCCCCUCCUCUGCCAUCCAAUGUUUCCUCCCCGACUUACCUCCAUGACUUGGAUGGCUGGAGGAAGCAAAGCCAACUGUGUGUUCCCUUGCACUGAAUAAUCAGCAGCCUAGGUUUGCAGAGGGAGUUUACAUUUUCCACUACUUUUCAACAGUUAAUUUACAUUUUAAAUAAUAUUACAAAGGAUUACUGAAAUAAUUGUAAAGCCCACUUUUCUGACAACACACCAUAUUCAUUUAUAAUCAACACACGUUCAUUGUUGAUGCAAGAGAAGCAGAGCACUGUUCUGGUUCCCCAUUCCAGCCACAUACAUACUUCGUGUACGAAUGGUAGCUACGAAGAUACCCCUCUCUCUUUGCUAUAGCAUAAGAAGCAGACAAAAGACAAUAGAUCUCAACUUUAGGAGUGCAGUUCAGUAUUAUGUUUAAACAGCACAUUUUUAUUCACACAUGUAGUUUUUUUUAUAAUUAGCUACUAUUGAAUUAACAUGUUUGAAUAAAAUAUUCAAAAUCUAAGUAAUAGGCAUUUUAUUUCUCUUUAAAGUAGGGGUACGUAUGGUUUCCUUGGUUCAUGGAAUAUUUGUCCUUGUAUGUAAAUCAGAUAUAAAUCAGAUAUGUUUAUCUGGCAUUAAUUUUAAAAUUUUGCAUUUCUGCCAAUAAGUAUCAUUUUCUUUGGUGUCAUUGUACACAGUUUUAGUCCUCAAAUUUGUUUGAUGUUUGUCAGUUUAUUGCAAAGAUGUGCUUCUUAAUGGGACUUGUAACAUACUAUGAAUAAGUAAUUUCUCUCUAAAUAUUAAUGUAGUAAUUUUUCAUUCAUCAGAGGAAAGAAGACUAAUCUGCAAUUUGUGGUAGUUUAUCACCAAAGUUCUCCUACUGACAAAUCACAAAACUCAUUUAAGACAUCAUUAGGAGUUAUUAUUUAUUUCAAUUCCAAGGUUUUAAUUUAUUUGGUAGAGUAGUAGUACAUUAACAUCCCUUCAUUUCUACCUCAAUAUCAUUAUAGUGGAAGGGUUUGCACUAUAUUUUGUUUUGGUUGAAAUUCUCAGCCAGUUUUAAAUUAUAAUUUAGUGUCAAAUAUGUUAUUGUUCAAAAUGUUUCUUGAGUAGUUCAGAAGUAUGAAUCUGAAUUUGUUAAUUACUCAUAUAUUUUUAUUGUUAAUGUGUGUAUUCAUAAAGUUGAAUUUAGUUAUGAAAAAGUUUAAAUAGAAUGUUGUGGGUCAUUAUAUGUGGUAAAUUAUUUAAUUUAUGCUAUAAAUUCUGUGGUUCACAAUCCAUUCAUAAGAUUACUACUUUGUGCAGAACCAAAUGUGCAGUAUCAGCAAUGUUGCAUUUGAGUAAUGUAAAAUCCAAAAUUUAAAAUGCUCUUUAUCUGUAGACUCUCUAGCAUUGUUGGAACACAUGUUAUAACAUGAUACCUAGGUAUAAAUAAAUCUUAGCACAUCAAAGAUUAUUUUGAAUGAAUGUUUACUGUAACUAGGGGUGUGCGAAUAUUUGUAAACACAGUUGUAAAUAGCAAUUAGUAAACUAUUCACAUUAAGAGAAUUAAUAUCAAAAUAAAAUUUGUGAAUUUUUACAUUCACGUCUGUUUAGUUUAGUUUCUCAUGGUUUCAGGUUAUUCAUUUUUCACCAACUUGUCAACUUGUCAUUUCUAAUCAAUCAAUAUAUUCAUAUUAACAUGUUCUGCAAAGCAUGUAUAAAAAUUUUAAUCCUAGAAAUUAAAAUAUAUAAUAAAAUUAAUACGUUCACAGUAGCUUGACGGUAGUAAAUAAGCACGACACCAUUUCCAGAUGAAACAGAACGUUAGAAAUAAUGCCAACACCUAACCUAUUUUUUAUGAACAUUUGCUAUAAUUUGUAGAAUGUUAAAAUAAAUAUUCUAAACAUUUAUUUGUAUUAUAACAUUUUCGGUAUUUGUUUUGAUAAUCACAUUUAAUCACAAGAGUUUUGUCUGUCACAGUUGUUUGAGAUUCAUUUCCAGAUUUUGCACUAUAUUUUUAACUAUUUUAUAUUUUGGCUACCGAACGGAACAACAAUAAUUGUCUUCAAUCUUUCAUGUUGUCUCUAUGAUGAAUAUUUGUAUGCGGUUUGCUACCACAUAAUAAAAUGCUAACUGAACCACAGUUACUAGUUUCGUUGAUUGCAGAAAAAAUUUAUGGAAACCAGCUACAGAACAUGGAUUUGGAUUUUAACUUUAUCUAUGCGUGUAGUUAACUAUUGUUUUUGGGUGCUGUGUAAGCCUAACUUCUGUUGCAUUCCUUAAAAAUGUAUAAAUGGGGAUUUAUAUUUUUUAAUGAAGUAAUUUGAAGUUCAUUGCUAUGAAUUGAUACUGGGCAAAGUGGUGGAGAGUAAUUUUCUCAGAGUUUGAAACGUGACAAACCAAAUAUAUCUCAAAAAAAUAGUGAAGAUACCUUAACUUUUUUUUCCAGCAACAAACAAACAAUAGAAUGUAAAUGUACCACUUACGUUCUGUAAACUCCAACAGGUAGCCUAUUUAAAUUAUAGUUGACAAAUUUUUUUAAUAUUUUUAUAAUUAAAUAUUAUUUGCAAUGUAAUUAUUUAAUUUUUUUUUCUUUUCAUUUAUUUGAAUUCACAAUAUGGUAACUUCUCAACCUUAAGCAAGCCACCACAACUUGUACAAACAAUUGGGAGCAGCAUCUUCUAAUAGCAAUAUCUUAAAAAUGAAAUAUGAAAAUUUACAUAAAUUACACAUGACAUUAAAUGUGCUGUUACAGGCAGAUAUACGUAAUAACAAAAUACUUAAACUGCUAAAAAAAAGGUUGAUGGAAGAAACUAAUAAAGUCGCCUUUUACGAAACCAAAUACAAAAUUUUAAUAAUGGUAAAAAAUUCUUUGAAGUACAGAAUACCAAUAAAUGAGGAUAAAUGCAGGAGGAUAGGCUGGCUUAUAAACUUAACUAAUCCUAAAAUUGAAACAGGUAAAUAUACAAUCAUUUUCAAAAAUAUUAUAUAUACCUGGUGCAAAUAUACAACUCCUUAAAAAUAUCAGCUUAAAUUACACUCAUUUAAUUUAUCUGAGCUUUUAUCCUCCAAAACCAUUAUAAGCAAUGCGUGAAUAUUACUUAAAACAUUUACUCUCUCUACCAAACAAAUUGAUAACAUAUUCUAAAAAUUUUACAAAAUUGUACCUAUAGACCCGGUCUCAGAGUGAUAAAUGUCUUUUCCUUGCUGCCGACUUGAGUCAGUUGUCAACAGUCUUAAACAAGGAAGGAUGAUUUAUGUCCAUUAUAAUUGGCCAAAACUUAAUUUACUCUUUCUUUCUUUGUGCACUCGAAAAUCAUUUUCCUUGCAAAAUUUUAAUCCUUAGCUCAGGAUACAAGUCAAACACUUGUGACACAAGUCGAACACUCAUGACGUAGGUAGUUCGGCACAACUGUUAAAUUGGGCAAUGCUUUCAGUACACAGUUCCUCACACUUUUCAAGGGCAGCUUAAAAUAUUGGAUGGUUUCACUUACUUGCAUUUUUGGGAGUCCCUGAAGAAAAGGCUUAAAACCAGAAAACCAAACCUGGUAAUUUGGCGUAACCAACGUGCUCUUGAUAGUACAUCAAUGCCAAGCUAAGACCCUUGGCACACGCCUGUGCAAAAGUGCAUAAGCCACCGCCGUUCUCUGGUGGCGGGUCGCACCAUCUCGUAGCAAUUGUCGCACAUAGUCUGCAGUCAUUUUUCUUCUUUGUGAAAACGGUCAUCAGGCAAGAGCGCUAACACACGCCUCCUACCUUGAGCGUGGCCAAUUCGGCACACCUGUGUCCAAAUUCCGACUGCAUCACCACUCCCCUUCACCACCCCUCUAGCGGCCGUGAAGGAAACCAUUUAGACUGUAGAUUUGGUAAAUGUUUUUUUUUUUUUUUUUAACUUAAAGUUCAAAAACUUAUUCACUAUUAAGUGACUGUAGCAAAAGUUAAACUAAUUUACAUAAAAAAAAUAUGAAAAUAAGUAAAUUAUUUAACUGUAUAAAGAUGAGCAUUUUACAGCUCAUUACAACAUUUAUAACAAAAAUAUACCUUGGUGUAAAUUUAGCAUGUCUUUAAAACUAAACAAACUAAAAAAUGAAACCAAGUUUUAAAAUUACCAUAGUAAAAAUUGAAAUCAAUACAACCAUAAAAUAAUAAAAAACUAGCUUUUAGUAUUUAAAGUCUAAUAAAAAGUUCCAAAAUCCAAGCAUCAACAAUUGAUAUGAUGUAUAACUUGAUAUCAAAAACAACUGAGAAAAGUGGUUUGCCAUUGUUAUAAACUUUGUUUUAGCUAAUUAUUAUAGUUCACUUAGCAUUCAAGGAUUUCAUAAACCACAUUUAAGAAAAAAAAUUAGACACUGUGGUGACUAGUUUCUUUCAAAUUAAAUCUCAAGAACAGAAAAAUUUGCUGUAUAAAUAAAUCUAGUCUUGCUACCUGCAAACCUUUUUUGUGAACAUUAGAACAUAAUUUCUUUACUACUUUUAUUUUGUAUAGUAAUACACCAAAGCAAAAUAUGACUUAUUUUUGACUUUGAAAUUAUUUGCUUUAAAUUUGAAAAUUGUAUUAUUCAAUUCAAAAAUAUUUGACCACCAAAAUAUCCACUAUUCGCACACCCUAACUUUAACUGAGUUUCUCACUUACAUGUUUAAAAUAUUAAAAUUAGGCACACCUAUAUUUCUAUAACUUAAACAUAUUUUAAAGGUGGUAUUAGAGGUUUAUGUAGGUAGUAACUAGUAAAUUAUACGUAUAUUAAUAAAUCAGAAAAGUAUGUGUGUGAUUUUAUUUGAAUGACAGUGUAAUAUUUUAUAUUUUGAUUUAUUUUCCUACUGAAUUAGACAAAUAAUUGUGAGUUCUAAUCAUAGUUCUAAUGUAAGAAUGUUUUCUAAAUUAGAUUUAAAAUAUUUUUUCAGCUUUAAUACCAAAUUUACACAUGUAAUUUCAUAAACCAUGUCUUCUCAUUAAUUCGUUAGUUGUGAUCUAACAUUUUUUUGCACAUAGGUCCUAAAAAUAUAGAAGUGUGUAUGGUUACGGUUUUACUUUGUGAUAAAUUAGGUUUAUUAUAAGCUGUCAUAGUUAUUUUGCAACUUAAUAUCCUCUAUGUUUAAUGUAUACAUUCCAUUGUAAGUUAAGACAAGAUUAUGAUUAUUAUGGCACUCUUCUUAACCAAUUUUAGAAACAUUAAUGUGACAUGUUAAUUGUUUAAUAAAUUAGUAUGUUUGUCUAAAUUUCAACAAAAAAACUUUUUUUAGGUGCAAAAAUAUUUACAGGUUAAUAGUUUUAAUCUCAAGGGCAGUUGAAAUUAUUGAAGUUAUACUUCUUUAGGCACAUUUAGGGUGAAAUUUUUGUAUGCAAUGGAAAUGCAAUGAUAUGUGUGCUCACAUAGGCAGAAGUUAAACAUAAAGUUUAAUGCCGAUGUGCGGAAACAUUGAAAGACUGGUUGAUCAGGUUCAGAUUCCACUAUAAACACAAAUGAACAUCACUGUGUGGAUGUGUGGUAGCCAUCUUGUCAAAAGUGUAAAUCUUUUGCGUGCGCGCGCGCGCGCGUGUGUGUGUGUGUGUGUGUGUGUGUGUGUCUCUCUCUCUCUCUCUCUCUCUCUCUCUCUCUCUCUGUCUUCCUGUGUCUCUCUCUCUCUCUCUGUCUUCCUCUCUCUUUCUCUUUCUUUCUAUCUUUCUUUCUCUCUCUCAAUAUGUUUGUGGUUACCUCUAACAACAAUAAUUUUUUGGUUUUUGAAUUAUAUUCUAUUGCUGUGGUGGAGAUGGUUUCUUGUAAGUAGUGUAAUUGACCUGAAUUUUAGUGGGUAAAGUCCCUGUGAUGAUAAGACUGUGCCGGUGGAUGCUCUUAUGAUGUUGUCGCCGCGGUGCUGAUUCAGAAGUGUAUGCAUACUACAAUAAAUGCCGGUGCUUGGACGGUGAGCCUAGAUCCACUUUGUAGUAUAGGUGGUAGGGUGUCUUAUUUAUUUAAUAUGCUUCAUUGCACUUUAAAUUGCUGACUAUAAAGAAAUAAAUGGCAAACAAGCAGCACUCAAAAAAACUAUGCAAACUUUACUGUGAUCCUUUGCUAUUCAAUAUCACAAGUUUUGUAAAGAAAGUAAUCAUUCAUUGCCUAUGUAUGUUUCGUACACUCAUCAAAUACUUGCAUAUUAUUGUUAUUUGUAGAUAAGUUUUUAUUUCUGUUAAUUAAUUGUGCAACAUUUUAUAAAUUAAUAAAAUGGUUUCUAUACAUAGGCCUGUAAAUACCGCCAAUAUAAAUACUGUAUCUAAUGAGAGAACAAAUAGUGAACGUGUAGGUGACAACUGCUUGUUCAUGUUUACAAACACAUUUUCAGCUAACAAGAGUUUGUGAGUAAGCAUCUUUUUUUUAAUGAGAUAUAUUUUGUUUGUUAAUGUUUUGUUUAUUUCAUUGAAUAUUCUUUCAGUGAUAAUAUUAUUUAAGUUGCUAAUCUAACCUAACCUAACCAAACUAUUUGUUUCAACAAUUUUACAAUAUUUUUAAUAAAGGUAACUUAAUCCAACCAACCUUGAUUUGACAAUAUUUUGGUUAAUGUUAAGGUUAGUUUAAGAAUAAGUAUUUCAGAACUAACUAUAAGAAUAACUCAAAAGUGCUAAUCCUCGAAAACAAACUUAGGGUGAAUGAAAGUAUUUGAUAUAAUUUUUACUAUUAAAACUAGGGCUGUGCAAAUCCCAAAAUUUGGGAAACAUUUAGAGAUCACUGUAAGUUUUUUUUUUACAUUCAAUUACGUAAAUUUAGAGAAAACUAGUUUUAUAUGGUUGUUCAGAGACAUAACUAUAACUGCGUUAUCAGCUAGCCUUGGUUUACCGGGAAGAGAACCAGUCAAGUAGUUACAAAUACGUAUCGGUAAAACAUUGCACAAUGCAGUGUCUGCCCGGUGCUAAGUUUUAUUCUAAACGUGGCGAAGGGUAUUUGUAUAGAUUAGGUAGAAAACAUUCUGCCACAAACGUAAGGAAGAAGGAUGAUUAUCUUGAAUGUUAAGACACAUUUUUUGGGUAGACCAGGUAUAGGACUGCCCUGCUGCUGGUGAUGUUUAUCUUGACAGCUCUGGCAAUUCUAUUCUCCUGUGGGCUGACGGUGCUAGAAACGUUUGCUCCUUUUACCCCAGCAUGCAUUCACUGGACAGAUAAAUAUUUAUAAUUUACUGUAAAAUUAUAAUUCAAUACUAUUAUCUUACUUCUUUCCUUUUAUUGUUGUACUUUAAUAAACUUUUAGCAUGCAUGUUAACUCUUGGUUUUUUAAUCAUGCCAAAGAAGAAUAACUUCUAAUGUGUGUAUGUAAGUACACACACUUUUUUUUAUUAAAAAAAUGUAUUUAACUACUUACAGUUGUGAAAAAUAUAUGUUAUAUUAGAUAUAUUUAAGCACAUCCUAUGCUGAGUUUGAUUUUUGGUUUCCAGUUUAAUUUGCAACAAAAUGUGAAUGCUGGCAAGCAAAGAAUUUAUGUUUGGUAGGUAUGACUACUGUAUUUAUUUUAAAAAUUGAGUGUAAUUUAUACUUAUCAACAAUAUUUUUGUGUUGUCCAAGGAAAAAUCUACAAAUAUUUAAAAAUCUGUAGUAUUUGAUAUUCAGGUACCGGUACUUGUAAAUAUAUUUUUGAAAAAAACGUAUAUGACAUUCCAAUUGGAUUUGAUUCUUUGUUUAUUAACCAAGUGUUAUUUAAACCUCUAUUUCACAUAAAAAGAAACUAAACGUGUGUUCAGUCAUCUUACUUUAUGUGUGUGUGUGUUUGCAUUUGUGUGCCUCCUUCAGUUCAUAUUUUACUUAAUAUAUUUGAAUAAAGUUAUGUAAGACAGGAGAUAUUACAAGAUUUCUUAUUAUGUAUGAUGUGCAAGAGUAAUAACAAAGGCACAUUUUAUUUGUAAAAUAUACACAACAUUAAUAAAUGACUUAAUGUGGAUUUGUGAUGCUGUGAAAAAGUUAUUUGAAACUGUUGAAAAUUGUGUUAGUUAAUGGCCUAUAUUUAAGAGUUAAUUGAUAACUAACUUUAUUUGCUGGCAAAUAGUUUAUGAUGUUUUAUGUCAAAAUUUCAUUGGUGGAAUAUAUGAGAGAAUUAAUUAUCAUAAUUCUUUACAGACUUUAGUGUCACAUUACCUUGUAGUAAAUAAUAGCUGUAGUAUGUUGCACCAGUGUGCCUAUUCACGUGCAAUUCAUUCCAAUUUUUCUUGUGAUAAGGAAAUUUUAAGCUGAUAAUAUUAAUUAGUUCCUUGUUGGUAUUUAGCUGGCACUAUAAUCAUGAAAGAGCAGACACUUAGGAUUAAUAAUUGAUAUGGUUAUGUCCUUUGACAUUUUCUGUAGAGAGUAUGUUAUUUUCAUUUCUUGCCGCUUGUGCCUUCAAGCGUAUGUUAGAGUUUUUUUUUUUAUCAAAAGUUGUUUAUAUGUUUUUUGUUAUAUUCAACUAGACUAGUUAGAUAAAAAAUUGCCUCAUUUGCCAGCAAAUGUUUUAUAUUAUGAGGUUGUUGAUUUAAGCAAUACCCUUAGAUAUUUUCAGGUUAAUUAUUUAUAAACAUGUUAUUUAUUUUAACCUUAUUGUUAAUAUUUUAUAGUUUCUGUGCAUAUAACAUGAGAAAGAAACGUUGUUAGAUAAUAAAUGUUGAAUAAUAUCCUUGCCUUAUGGUGCAACAUUUUGGUGCAUGCAAUUCUUAAUUUAGUGUACUUCAAAUGUGUUAAUAUUGUAACUUAUAUUUUUUGUAGUCUUAAAAUUCAAAUAACCAAAUAGGUUUUAAAACCAAUACAUGUUACCAUAUUUUAUAGCAUUGUCUUAGUUUCAAUCUUAGCUGCUGCCUAAUCUGCAAAGAGCUGUUAUUUGUUUGUAUAUAGAUAGUUCAGUAAUAUGUUAUUCUUCAAUAAAAAUAUUAAUUGUAUUUUUCUGUAGUCAACUGUAAACAGGGUGUUUAGCUGGUCUCUAUUUAUUUUUAAUAAGUAAACAAUUCUCAUUAACUGGCCAUCAUAUCAGUAAUAUUCUAAACGUAUUAAAAAAUGAGUCUUUUCAGGAGCCACAUAAACAUCUAAGGAAUGGAUGCAAAUGUGAUAAUAAAAAGGGUAGUUUGUUUAGCAGGUGUAUACUAGGAUAAAACAGCCAUUUUUGGGGAUUGAUUGCCUUAGCAUUCAGAAAAAUAAAGACUGGUGACUCAACCUGUAUCCCAUAUAUUGGUCACAAAUAUGAUAACAAUACAGUAAAUUUUAUUCAGUGUAAAAUGUAUUAUUGCAUUUAAAAUGUUUUGUAAUAUUUAUCAUACAUCACAACUUGCUUGUAAGUGCCACGUAAAUACUAAAUUUAAGGGUGCAUUUCAAUAUUUAAAACAUUUAUAGUGAAAAGGUGCUAAUGAAAUUGAUAUUGUUUUUGUUUAUACAAUGAAGACUCAAGAAAAAUAUGUUGUUAGCUGUAGUUUUUUGUUACAAUGAAUCAUAUGCAAUGUUUGUAUCCUAGUUGCAUUUACUUUUUAAGCAUUUGUAAAUGUUUAAAAUUUUACCAACUUUUAUAUUUAUUUAAUGUGGUUACUGGUUUUGGUAUACAUUAUUCUAUGUUGGUUCUGUGCUAUGAAUGAUUAUGUUUAUCCUUUAUUCUAAUUGUUUUAUUUUUAAAAUGAAAGAUAGGUUAAAAUAAUUUUAAUUUACUAUGACAAUUUUUGUAAUGCUUUGUGUUGAUUUUUUUUUUUUUUUUUUGAAAAUUUUAUACUGUGUAGUGUUAUUUCAACAUUGAGUUAAUAAAAUUUAGAUGCCAGUAACUGAUUUAACUUAGUUCCAAUAUACCACAUCACUUUAUAGAAAAUGCUAACUUUUUUGUACUGAACUUCAUUAAAAUGUAAUAU